AUGGUCCACGUGGUUCCUUAUGUGUCAGCACAAAGGCGGAGGAGACCCCACAGCAAGGACGGGACACAGAAAGGACGGGACCCCACACCCCACGGAAAGGACGGGACACCCACAGAAAGGACGGGACCCACGGAAGGACGGGACAACCCACAGAAAGGACGGGACCCCACGGAAAGGACGGACGCCACACGGAAAGGACGGAGACCCCACGGAAAGGACGGGACCCACGGAAGGACGGGACACCCACAUAAAGGACGGGACCCCACAGAAAAGACGGACCCACCGGGACCCACGGAAAGGACGGGACACGGGACCCCACGGAAAGGACGGGACACCACGCCCCUUCGAGGUCAGAGGUCAUCCUUAGAUUGUGGAACAGAGAGUCAUUCUCAUAGAAAGUAG